AUCAAGAGUAUUCGCUUUUAAUGUCCAGAAAUAAAAAGUGAACUCAAACGUAUGGUCUGAUGCAAACAUGGUAACAAAACAUUGCCCCGAUUUAAAUAAGAAAGUGAGCGGCGUCGCGUCGCGUCCGUGUGUGCCGGCGCAGCGUGUGGGCAGCGCUUGCACCGGCGGAGGCGCCCGAGCCGGACAGCGUCACCUUACUCUGAUACACUCGGCCUGGCCUGAGCCACAUCGCGCACCUUACCCUGCUCGUACUCAGCUGUGAUCAAACGACACAUCUGUGCGGUGGAAUCAUUGCCACUGCCAAUGGCACUGAGGCAUUGGCACGCCAAAAUGGUCGCGGAUAUGAGCUUCGCAUUUAGUGGGAAUGUGUCAGGGCUGGGGCCUUAUAAUUAGACAUUAGGCUUUUCAUAAAAAAGUCUACUUGUUGACUUGGAUACCUAAUGUUUGUCUGUGUGUAGCGAGAGUGACGUCACGCGCGAUAACACAGCCCGGUGCGGUCCUGGCGGCUGUCUCUUAGGUCAAGGUGGUGAAUACGAUACAAUUUGCCGGUCGUAGGACGUAUAGGCCUACUCAUUGUCCGACAAACAUCUGCCUCCUCUGCCCUGAUGACAUACGCAUCAUGUUAGUGCUUGCGUAUUUGUGUAGAUGGCGUUCUGACCAAACAAACAGAACUUUAUUAUACAAUUCUAAUGUCAUCAUUCCUUGCAUCGUUUACCAUUUUUGUGCGAAAUUAUUUUACUUUUAAACUUCAAAUAAAGUAAGACUUAAGUUUGGUAGUAUAACAAAGUAUACCUAAGAGAAAGGACAAAGGACAGCACAGGUAUCGAGUUAUCGUCGUUAUCGCACCGAUGUUAUCCCCGCUACGAGCGCUACCACAACGAGUGUUCCCACUACUUCGUCCGCUUGUUUAUUUUAUCACAAAAUCUAUAAAAAAUAAACCUAUAUUAAAUCUGUACAGGUGUUAUGUUGAUUACUGGGAAUAAAACGGACUUAUGGACAGACAGAAACAUUAAAUAUUUUGAUAUUACAAACGGACAAUAUAACAAUAAAUUAUUAUAGCUGGCUUUUAUUUGAAUUUUGGACUUUUAAUUGAAAGGAAUGUGAUGAUAUUGACAAUGUCAUUUUGACAUAAGACACCUAGAGAUUAUUCAGUAAAGUGUGACAUGAAACAUAAAUGUAUUUUAAAUAUAAUUGAAACUGAAAGCGACAUAACUGCUGCACGGAGCAAAUGCUAAAAUAAUUAUCUAAUAAUACGCUAAUAAAAUAAUUUAUUUUGUUUUAUAAGAGAAAAGUUAGUUAAGAUGUGGGCAGGAGUACGAAGGACAAGAGAAUAUAAAUUUAUUGUGAUCGAGGAGGUAAUGCAGCAGAAGGCGCCGCGAGUGCCUGCUGAUAUUAAACAAUUACAACCUCAGUACGAGUCAAGUCGAGCUAGCAAUUCUAGCCUCCAGGGUGUGCGCAGGCGGCUGUCGGCUAACUUUUUCAAGGCGACGUUCAGUUCGCGCAGCAAGGCGGUCUCCGCCCCCCGCGCCCCCUACGCCACACGCUCCGUCGAGGACACCACUAAGAUAGGCAACGCAGAGGCAAAACCUGUCACUAGAAACAGACCUAGAUCAGUGUCUCAUUUAGAAGACGUAAAGUUGAAAUCUAGAAAGGGCAUCGAGCGUUCGAAGCCUGUAAGCCGGCUAGAAAGGCCCGCGCGCCCCGAGCGGCCCGCACGCUCCUCCCGGGCGCCACAGCCACCCCCCGACCACCAGGUCGAGCCCGAGCCCAUACACCGAAAGCCUCAAACUAAAACCUCAAAUGUCAUACUUGAAAUCGUCAAGAGGUCUGUUACUCCGAAACAAGUUCGGAAAGGUGUUACGAACGAGGGCGCGAGCCUCCUGCCGCCCUCGCUGAAACCCCGAGUGCCGGAGAAGACGAAGCUGCGCCUCAACAAGUUAAUAAACAAUAACAACGAUUGGAGCAACGCCAACGUACACCAGAUCACCGCGCCCCCCGUGCCCACGAGAGGGCAACAGGGAAAACAGGAGCCCGCGCUCAAGGGCGCGCCCUCCAUCUCCAGCCUCGACUCGAAGCACCACAAGGUCGCGCCGGCGCGGGACAAGCCGCUCAAGAUCUUCGGCUCCAAAGAGAAACUGCACAAGGCGCAUAAGAAGCGAGAACCGGAGCCGGGCGACAACAAUGCCGUGGCGGAGGAGGGCGGGCCGGCCGAUGCGGGCGGCACGGGCGCGCUGAGGGAAUACGGCAGUGCCGAGGAGCUGGGCUCGCGGCGUGGCUCGCAGGAGUGCGUCAGCUUGCCCGUCACACUGGACUCCCAGAUGCACGCCUUCCAUCUCGACCUGCGCCCCCGCCCGCCCUCUGAGGUGUCGACGGGGUCGACCGAGGCCGUGGAGAACGAAGGCCCGGUGGGGUGCGAGGGCGCGGUGGAGCUCGAGGGCGAGGACGAGGCGGCGGCGCUGCGACGCGAGGUGGCGGCGGGCCAGGCGGAGCGCGCUAGGCUGGCGGCGCGGCUGUCGGAGGCGGCGAGCGAGGCGGCGCGGCUGCGCGGGGAGGUGGGGCGGCUGCGCGCGCAGGAGGCGGAGCGCGCGGCCGCCGUGGAGCGUCUGGCGGACGAGAACGGCGCGCUGCGGGCGCGGCUGCGCGGCGUCGCGCACUCACCGCUCUCCGACAGCGAGAAGCGGCAGCUGCUGCUGGCGCCGGCGCCGCGCCGCAUGCACUCCUCAGCGCCGGCCUCCAUAGCGCUCGCGCACAAUGGCGAAGGCGAGGGAGAGGCGGAGGGCGAGGGCGAGAGUGCGGUCGAGGCGGGCACGCCGGAGUGGGACAAGCACUCGUCGUCGUCGCUGAGCGAGGUGUCGGUGGCGUGCCUGCAGGACCGCAUCCUGCAGAUGGAGGAGCAUCACUACAGCACGAGCGAGGAGCUGCAGGCGACCCUGGCGGAGCUGGCGGACCUGCAGACGCAGCUGGCGGACGCGCACGCGGACAACGAGCGGCUGGCGGACGAGAAGCAGGUGCUGCUCGAGUCGCUCUGCCGCCAGACGGAGAAGCUGGAGGACAGCAGGACCAAGGUGGACACGCUGCAGGAGCUGCUGCUGCGCGAGGGCGUGGAGCCGGACGCGCUGACCGGCGGCGACCCCGGCCGGCACCUCUACGCCGUGCUCAAGACGGCGCAGGAGGAGCGGCGCCUGCUGCUCGGCCGGCAGGAGCAGCUGGCGGGCGAGCUGGCGGAGGCGCGCGCCGCACUCGACCGCACCGGCAAGGAGAACGAGACGCUCGCCGACCGCCUGCGGAGCACGGAGGCGGCACUGGAGCGCGCCGAGUCGAGCCGCGCGCACUGGGAGCAGGAGGCGGGCGCGGCGCGCGAGCUGGCGGGCGCGCGCCAGCACCAGCUGGGCACGCUGGAGGGCCUGCUGGAGGCGGCCAAGGCGGCGGCGGCGGCGCGGCGCGAGGCGGACGCGGCGGCUGCGCGCGCGCACGCGCUGGCCGAGCGCCUGGCGCACGCGCAGCGCCAGCUCGAGCGCGCGCACCACGACGCCCGCAAGCUACACGACGACGCACUGGUGUCGCGCAACAACGCCAAGUCGACGAUCUCGGAGCUGGAGUUCCAGGUGCAGCAGGCGCGGCAGGAGCGCGCGGCGCUGCAGACGCAGCUGCACUCGCUGCAGGAGACCGUCUCCGAGCUGCAGAUCCAGGCGCAGCUGGCGGCGGACGAGAAGCUGUCGCUGCUGUCGCGGGCGAGCGAGGCGGCGACGCGCGCCGGGGACCUGGAGCGGCAGCUGCAGGAGACGCGCGCGCGGCUGUCGCAGCUGCAGCGCGACAAGGAGCGCGACGAGGCGGAAUGGAAGCAGUUCCAGAGCGACCUGCUGAUGACUGUGCGCGUCGCCAACGACUUCAAGACGGAGGCGCAGCGCGAGCUGGAGCGACUCGUGCAGGAGAACAAGGCGGCGCGCGACCGCGUGCGAGCGCUCGAGGACCAGCUGCAGGCACGCCCCGGUGUUAACAGGUCGGAAUCGUGCGAGAGCGCGCAAAGUCGUUCCGACGACGAGAAAAGCUUUAGCAGGGAGUGUGAAGUCGGCGAGGAGACUGCGGGGCAGGAAGCGGGGCAAGAAGCGGGGCGGGAAGCGGGGCAAGAAACGGGGCGAACAGCGAGGCGGGAAGCGGACGUGUUCCGAGACAUCCGCACGCGCUACCUCAGCAGAGUGCACAGCGUGGGCGAGCCGGUGCGGGCCGCGCGGCUCGUGGACCAGGCGUUCCGCAAAACCGGCGCCGCCUUCACGCUGGACAUCCGGGACGUCACCACCGACGAGACGAACGACGACGUCAGCAACAACGAGGAAUCCUUAGAAAAUUGUGGAAGAGACAAACAUGAAAUAUUGUCGGAGGUCGUCCUCGCUCCCUUUGCGAGCAAAGGGUUGCCGAGGCAAAAUGCUAUCGACUUCUUGGAACGAAAGCUUAGCAGACAAGCCGCAUUGGAUCUGGAAAGCGUAGAGUGCCGCGAGCCGGCCGCCGCCCGCUACAAAUUGCUUUGUAAAUCAUGGUCGUACGACAGGAGCGGGGGCGGAGCGGGGCCGCGCCGGCUCGCCGCCAGGUCGCUGAGCCUCGACCACGUAAACACCUCCGACGGGUUCCGGAACGCUUUGCAGGAGGCCACCAGCAUUGAGUUCCUGCCAGCACUGAGUCGCGGCAGUGAUAUGUCGCUGUGCACGGACACCUCGGACGCCGUUUUUCUUCCAUCUCCCUUAGAAGAAAACAACAACAUCUUGGAACUGGAAAACAACAAUUGCUUGAACUACAAAUUGGAUGUUAAUUCUAAAGUGAUUUGUCGCUCGCCGGAUUUACUACGAGACCAUACCGGUGUGAAGUCUUCGAGUAGUGAUAACUUAACUUUGCUACCUUAUUCGUAUCCUCUGGAAGAUGAGUCGGCACCUCAAAAUUUUAACUUAAUUGGAGCGCUGCACGAAAAUUUGCCGGCACUUAUACCUGGCGACAAAUUGGAACAAGACUUGAAAAAAGUUAAUGCGGAACUGAAGUUAACUUUUAAAGCUGCGUUAAACAGAAUUAGAGGAAAUGAUUCACGCGAUGAGCCUCUGCCGGCGCCGGGUGUCGCCGCACCCGUUGCACCCGCUGCACCCGCCGCACCCGUCGCACCCGUCGCACCCGCUGCACCCGCCGCACCCGCUGCACCCACCGCACCCGCCCCACCUGUUACACCCGCCGCAUCCGCUGCACCCGCCGCACCUGUUACACCCGAUGCAGCAGCCCCACUUGUCACAACCGUCACAUCUGUCGCACCUACCGCACACCCAGUAUCCGUCAUACACGCCGCGGACGAUGUAAACAAAAAAUUUCCCUCAAUAAUAAAACGAUCCAGGGAUGAAAACUUGGGUAUCUCAAAUAAGGCAGUCAUGGAUGAAUCGGUAGAGGAAACCAAAAAAACAGUGAACACGCCAGCGGUGGACGAUGUUACUUAUCGUUUGAAAAUACACAGCCUGCACGACACCAGCCUCUCCCCCGCUCCCCCCACGCACUACGUGCCCCGCGCACCCACCACGCCCCCGGUGACCGCAUGUGCCUCCUCCUACUUACCAAAAGGCAACAAAUUAGCCAAAAGUAAUGUCAAAACACUUCUAACACCAUUGAACAUUGUAAAUACCAGUAUCAGUAUUACGGAUGGAAAGAGUUCUCCGGUUAUUAUCAGUCCGGUGUUAAUACGACCCAUGUUGCUGAGGACCCCCGCGCCCGGCGUACCACCCGCACCCCCCGCACCCCCUGCACCCCCCGCGCCGGCCACGCUCUACUACGACGAUAUCGACCAGGUGGUGACGGAAGGCCAGAAAACUAGCAAAACACUCCAACUACGCGCUGCUGAAAGUGCUAAAAAGAAAGGAAUCUAUCAAAAAAAUACAAAAUCCAAACAUUCGCCGUUUCUUUCGUGGAAAUCCAGUGAAAAUUUAGCGGAGGCCAAAACGCCUAACGCAUCGACGAAGCCAAAGGAAUCGCCAAAGAUUAACAUAAGUAAAGUAUCAAAAACGCCGGAAUGGUUAAUAGAUAACCACUACUACCGGCCGUUGGAGAACGCCGCGAUAGUCCCCGGCGGCGGGCCAGCUCCCCGCGUCCGGGGCUGUUCGGUGACACUCCGCGAACCGCAGGAAAACUACUACGAGGAAAUCGGCGAACCCGUCGCCACGCGCGCCGACAACCUCGCCGACGAUGACAAGGUCUGCGCAGCCCCGACCUCGGCCGUUCUGCCCGCCCUCGCCAGGGAGGAGCUUCUCAAAGUCCCGCGAAAACCUAGAAGACCCGGGAGGCGGGGAGCGGGGAGACCGCCGGCCGAGCGGGGAGAUUCACAAAUCGGAACAGACAUCGCACAAACUACGCGGGCCGUCAUAUCUCUAGCGAGAUCCCCGAGCGCCAGGGAUUUGAAACAGAGGCGCGACGCCUCCGCGAGGGCCGUCGCCCAAACCAUGUCGGCACAAACUUAUCAUACGGAAAUUCUCAAACCGAGCGAAAUGGGAAAGAGCGAAAUUUCGCUCCAGAGACAAGAGGCCAGGCGGGCGGAGGCGCAGCAGCAGGUCAGCACCAUGUACCACUGGAAGACUCUGCAGCAUAAGCGGCUGUCGCACCCGAUACGGUCGCUGAACAGUCCCGCGCCGCUACCGGCGGGCGCGGGGCCGGGGCAGGGGUUGGGGCCG